AUGAAUAUCUUUUUACAUACCUACACCUUAAACGUUCCUUUUUUUUUGAAAAAUGUUCGUCACACAGGAAUUGAGGUGUUUGGUAAAGAAUACACAUUUUCAAUGAAUGGAAUAACAACAUGUAAACCAAAAAAAUCAACAAUAGGGAAAUAUUCCAAAAGUUAUGAAUUAUCUUAUAUGCAGUUAACUUAUUCACAAUUUUCAGAAAUUUUAAAUGCUCUUGGAAAAAUAUACAGACCAAAUACAUAUAAUUUUAUUUACAAAAAUUGUAAUCAUUUUUGUGAUGAUUUAUUUGAAUUAAUUAGUGGAAAAAGAUUAUUUUAUAGAUUUAUGUUUUAUUCCAGAUUGGGAAAAUUAGUUGGAAAUUUUAAAAAUGUUGCAUUAUGCGGUUACAUUAAUACUAUGGAAUUUUCAAGGAAUGAUAAAACUCUCUAUGUAUAUGCUUUAAGCUUAUCUAAAUCAAUACUAAAAAGAAAUAAAGAACUUAAAAAUAAUGAAGGAAUAUGGUAUAUUAAAGACAAAAAUUAUAAUUAUUAUAAUUGUGAUAGUAUCUUUCGUAUUGUUCCACAUUCAAAUUAUGAAAAUACUUCUUGUAAUAAACAAAAAUCAAAUUACAAAAAGGUACUUGUAAAUGAAACAAUAAAAUGCUUAAAGGAUGAAGCAACCAAAUAUACUGACCAACUUCAAUUAAAAAGUAUAUAUUCAUUUAGCACAACUGGGGCAUUUUCAUCAACAUGA